AUAUGCAAGAAGUCUGUGGCUGUGCGACCGACUGUUGUAACGCUGACAUUUUUAAAACAAUGUGUAGUUACAUAUAAAACGGUAACGUUUUUUUGGACGUUAUUAGUUGGUUUCUGAUUCUAUGACCAGUUAUUUCCGGAAAUAUGGAUGUAAUCGAAGAAGGCCCUGUGGUGAGCAAGAAUAUUUCCCAAUGUGCUUCGUACGACAUUCCAGCCUUUCAGCAAUAUCUGUCAGAAACCAAUAUCUUUGGGAUAGCGGUGGUGUCAGUAGGCACAGUGUCCCUGAUUGUAGUCCUAGCUCUGUUCCUUGACACUCUUCGUUAUGUCAUGAAGAACUCUUCAUCGAGAGUGAAAGCGCACACUGCGUUUGUGAUCGGUGUCUAUCCGGUGACGUCACUGGCGACAUAUUUCGCCAUCCUUGUCCCCAGGGCCCACUUGCUGGCUGAAGCCAUAACACAGGGCAUGUUCAUGGCAGGCAUGUAUCAACUGUUCUGCCUUUUCGUCGCCUACUGCGGUGGCGAAGCCGAAUUGGUGAAAAAAGUCAAGCCCGACCAGCUCAGCUUAAAGGUGGGACCUUGCUGCUGCUGGCCCUGCUGUAUCAUUUUGCCAACCUUCAGCGUAACAAAGAAAACUGUAAGGACCCUGAGGCUUCUAGUUCUUCAGCUACCACUGGUGCAAGGAUUAGUAUAUCUAAUACUUCUGGUAAUGUGGGCCGAAAGAGAGAGCUUGUACCAAAUAAACUACAUGUACAUCCAACCCAUCAUCAUAACGUCCAUCUUAAUUGGAGUGUGGUCGAUGGCUAUGACGAUAAACCUGCUAAAAAUAUCCUGCGAGAAAUACUUCUUAAUAGGAAAAUUCCUGGUGCUGCAGAUGGUCCUGAUUUUUGCAAAACUCCAAGGCCUAUCCACAAGAGCCCUAGUAUGGUUCCACGUGCUCCCCUGUCGGCCGCCGAUCACUCCCCAAGUGUACGCAAACUUGCUGCACAAUUCGCUGAUGCUGCUAGAAAUGGUCCUUCUAGGAUCUUUGGCGAGGUAUCUAUACAAGAGGAGUAUUCCUGAAAUAGUCACCGAACCCAACAGGAUCAGUACCAUUGGAAGCAUCAUGACGAUAGAAACGUGCAAUAAUAACAUUGUUGCUUGUAACGACUUUAACAAAACCAAUGGUGAAGAAAAGAACUCGGGAAAUGGUUCUAGUGGUGUCGAUAAUGUCGGGGCGGAUAUUAAUGAAUGAUAGUAGUGAUUGCUGUGAUAUUAUUUAUAACUUGGAUGGAAGUAGGAUGUGUUUUUUUUUUAAGAUAUGACAAUGAACUUAUA